UCCAGGGUCCCAGAGGUCCUCCUGGAGGCAAAAGCAAGUCUGAUUGCGAGCUGAUCACCUACAUCAGAGACAACUGCCCAUGCUGCCACGGUCGAUCAGCCUGCCCGGCCUACCCCACCGAGCUGGUGUUCGCUGUGGACAUGUCCGCCGAAGUGUCCCCCGCAGCCUUCGAGAGGCAGCGCGCCGCCCUCCUCUCCCUGCUGGAGGACAUCACCAUCGCCGAGACCAACUGUCCGACGGGCGCUCGCGUCGCUGUGGUGGCUUACAGCGCCUACACCAAGUACCUGAUCCGCUUCCAGGACUACCGGCGCAAGAACCAUCUGAUCGAAGCUGUGAAGAACAUCGCCCUGGAGAGGACGACAAACAGGCGUAAUCUGGGGGCCGCCAUGCGCUUUGUGGGUCAGAACCUCUUCAAACGUACACGUUCAGGAGGCAGGCUGAGGAAGGUGGCCGUCUUUUUCUCCACUGGGCCGUCACAGGACGCUUCGGAGAUUGUGACCGCCAUGAUGGAGUACCGGGCCCGCAACAUCUUCCCGGCAGUGAUCUCUCUGAGGAACGAGCCGGCUGUUAGUCGAGCGAUGGCGGUAGGUUUGAUUCAUCGGUUCACUAGCUGAGGCCCCGAGACUGAC